AAUAGUGUGACGGAAUGAUCUAAUUACUGUCAUCAUCGCUAACAUGGCGAAAGGUCGGAGGAAGUAAGUGACGAAGAAGAUGGGAACAAAUGUAGCGCCAUGGAAGCAGCUUCUCUUUGGCGCCAUUGAAGCCAAUUCUCAUCUAAGCCACUCUUCUUACUUUCAGCUCGCAACGAUUGGUUUCAGUGGACGGCCUUCUAAUCGUACCGUCGUAUUCAGGGGAUUUGAAGAGAACAGUGACAGGAUUCAAAUCAACACCGAUCUUCGUAGUCGUAAGAUAGAAGAGCUUAAGCAUUGUCCGUUUUCUGAGAUAUGUUGGUAUUUCUCGGAUACUUGGGAGCAAUUCCGGAUCAAUGGAAGAGUUGAGGUCAUUGAUGCGUCCAAUCCUGACCAGUCCAAGCUUCAGCAAAGAGAAAAAGCUUGGUUUGCUAAUUCUUUAAGGUCAAGGCUGAUCUACACCUGUCCUACUCCCGGUAGUCCUUGCAACAACGAACAAUCAAACCAACAAGUUAAUUUAGAUCCCUCGACUGGUCCAGUUCCUGAGUACUGCCUGCUGCUUCUAGAGCCAGAAAAGGUUGAUUACUUGAAUCUGAAAAGUAAUCAGAGGCUUUUGUUUUCUUCGAUGGCUAGUGGAGCUGAAGAGAAGUCCUGGACUUCAGAAAAGGUUAACCCAUAAUUAACUUUUUAUGUCUGAGAGGGUUAUUAAAGAUAUAUUUCUUAU